GAAAAAAAAUACCAGAAGUAGAAAACACUUUUGCUCUGUGGAGUUUUCCCGGAUUGCGGAAAUAAGGAUUACAACAGAACCGAAACUCAGGAUCAAAACAGAGUACAAAAUCCGGAUUAAAACAGAAUGUCAAAGGCCAAAAGUAAAAAGAAGCAACAGCAGUUGUUCGACGAUGACGACGAACAACAGUUGGAGAAAGUGCCAGAGAAGAAGCAAACGGCCAAGAAGGGUGGCAAGAAAGGCAAACAACGUGGCGGUGACUCUAGCGAUGAAGAGCCCACGCGCCAGGAGGCAGACGAGCUUGAAAGCAUAGCCUCCUCCAAUCAAAGCAAGCAGCAACAAAAGAAAUCUGCAAAGAAAAGUAAAAAGGGUAAAAAGAAUGAUGACUGGAGUGAUCAAGAUGAAGAUGAAAAGCCCAUUGGCAAGCAAAAGCAACAUGAAGUGGAAGAUCUUGAUGACGAUGAUGAGGUGGAAGCUGCUCGUCCAGCAGCCAAAAAACAGCAGCAGCAGAGUAAGAAAAAUAAGAAAAACAAAAAGAAGGCGCAAUCUGGAUUCAGUGAUGAUGAUGAGCCAACGCCAGACCUAGAACUCGAAGUGCAAUCGGAAGAGGAAGAGUCAGACGCUGUUCCAGAGAUAGCCAAGAAAUCAAAGAAGAAGCAGCCGAAAAAUAAAUUCCAGGCGAAGGAGGAGGAGGAGGAGGAUGAGUUAGAAGAUGAACUGGACGAGGAAGAUGACCUGGAGCCAGAGGAAGAAGUCAAGCCAGCGCCCAAGAAGACCAACAAACAGCAGAAGAAGAAAGCCAUUGCCGUGAGUGAAGAUGAGGAAGAAGGCGAAGCUCAACCCGCUGUUGAGGUGGUAGAUCCGGUAAAGAAGCAGGAAUCAACUAAUGAAGCGGAGGCAAGACUAAAUGAGAAAGUAGCGGCCAUAAAGCUAGAAGAAUCUACAGUAGUUACACCCGAACCCGAAGCGAUAGUCGAAGAAGAAGCUGAAGCCGAAGAGGAGAAAGAUUCUCAACAAGUGGAUAACAAGGAGAAGAAACUCACUCAUAAGGAGAAAAAGAAGCAAAAGAAGCAACAAGAAUAUGAACGUCAAAUGGAGUUAAUGACCAAAAAGGGUGGUUCUGGCCACUCGGACUUGGAUAAUAAUUUCACUAUGUCCCAAGUGCAAAAGAGUGCAGGUCAACAGGCUGCAUUGGAGCAUGCUGUAGAUAUUAAAAUUGAGAAUUUCACAAUUUCGGCCAAAGGUAACGAUCUUUUUGUGAACGCCAAUCUAUUGAUUGCACAUGGUCGUCGCUAUGGUCUGGUGGGACCCAAUGGUCAUGGCAAGACCACUUUGUUACGUCAUAUAGCCACACGAGCCUUUGCCAUUCCGCCGAACAUUGAUGUGCUGCUGUGUGAGCAGGAAGUGGUGGCUACCGAUAAGACAGCCAUUCAGACCAUUUUGGAGGCAGAUGUACGACGCACAGAGCUCUUGAAAAAGAGCGAAGACCUGGAAAAGCAAUUUGCUAACGGUGAUUUAACCGUCCAAGAAGAGUUAAAUGAUACAUUUGCCGAACUGAAGGCCAUUGGCGCCUAUUCCGCCGAGGCCCGGGCGAGACGUAUCUUGGCUGGUUUGGGUUUCAGCAAGGAAAUGCAGGAUAGACCCACUAAUAAGUUCUCCGGCGGAUGGCGUAUGCGUGUUUCUCUGGCCAGGGCCCUGUAUUUGGAACCUACCCUCCUAAUGCUCGAUGAACCGACCAAUCAUCUCGAUCUUAAUGCUGUCAUUUGGUUGGAUAACUACUUACAGGGUUGGAAGAAGACUCUUCUCAUUGUUAGCCACGACCAGAGUUUCUUGGACAAUGUGUGCAAUGAGAUCAUCCAUUUGGAUCAGAAAAAACUCCAAUACUACAAGGGUAACUACUCUAUGUUCAAGAAGAUGUUUGUGCAAAAGCGUCGUGAAAUGAUCAAGGAGUAUGAGAAACAAGAAAAACGACUGCGUGAACUCAAGGCACAUGGUCAGAGCAAGAAGGCAGCUGAGAAAAAACAAAAGGAAUCGCUAACCCGCAAGCAGGAGAAGAACAAAUCGAAACAGCAGAAACAGGACGAGGAUGAGGGUCCACAGGAGCUGUUAGCACGUCCUAAGGAAUACAUUGUGAAAUUCCGUUUCCCAGAGCCUUCACAGUUGCAGCCACCAAUUUUGGGCGUGCAUAAUGUAACAUUUUCCUUUCCAGGCCAAAAACCUCUGUUCAUUAAGGCAGACUUUGGCAUUGAUCUGACCAGUCGUGUGGCCAUUGUUGGCCCCAAUGGUGUGGGCAAAUCCACUUUCCUAAAGUUGCUUCUCGGCGAACUGGAACCGCAAGAGGGAGAACAGCGUAAGAACCAUCGACUACAUGUUGGUCGAUUCGAUCAGCAUUCGGGCGAGCAUCUGACAGCCGAAGAAUCCGCUGCCGAGUAUUUGCAGCGCCUUUUCAAUUUGCCCCAUGAGAAGGCACGCAAGGCCCUGGGAUCUUUUGGCCUGGUCAGCCAUGCGCAUACCAUCAAAAUGAAGGAUCUUUCUGGUGGACAAAAAGCUCGUGUUGCUUUAGCUGAACUGUGCCUUAGUGCGCCCGAUGUGCUCAUUCUUGAUGAGCCUACAAAUAAUCUGGAUAUUGAAUCGAUUGAUGCGCUCGCAGAGGCCAUCAAUGAGUAUGAGGGCGGUGUCAUCAUCGUCUCUCACGAUGAGCGUCUUAUACGUGAAACUGGCUGUACUCUCUAUGUCAUUGAGGAUCAAACCAUCAAUGAAAUUGAUGGCGAAUUUGAUGACUAUCGUAAGGAGGUGCUCGACUCACUGGGCGAAGUGGUCAACAAUCCUAGUGUGGUUGCCAAUGCAGCGGUGCUGCAAUAGCCUCAGUUUUGAAGCGUAAUGUGUUUGUCUAUAGUUGUUAUUUGAAUGCCGAAACGGAUAGAUAGAUAGCCUGUUUUUUGAUACCAUAUAAAUAUAUAUAUAUAUAUACAACACACACAAAUGAAAUUUUAUGUGAGAAUAUGCUAAUAAAAAUUGAAUUCUCGUUUUUGAAAAAAGGGCAAUCCUUA